AUGUCCGCCGAAGAACAAUCGAAAAGACCGAUUAUCGCGAAACCCCAUAGUCAAAGAGAAAACAAACCUGACGAAUAUGAUGAGAUGAUUGCUAAAACUGGAUGUUACGAAGAAAAUCAAGAAUUGCAGUUAUGCUUCGCGGAUAAACGAGAUUGGAGAUUGUGUAAAACUGAGAUGGCGAAAUUCAAAGAAU